GUAGAGAAAGAUUAAAUUAGAAAGUGGCAGGGGGUAGAGAGAAGAGAGAGAGAGAGAGAUACACACACACACACACACACACACACACACACACACACAGAGAGAGGGAGGCAGUUAAUUCACCACCAGGAGUGAUGGCCUGCAUGCCCGGUUAGCAUCUUUCUGUGGCUGUCUGUAAUAAACACUUACCAUGGAGGGGAGAAAUGAGAAGUUGUUCUCCAGGAAAAGAAGUUUCACAUUCGGAGCUUAUGGAGGGAUUGACAAGUUCAUCACUGGAAAUGAGAGCAGCUGUGCAGAAUCUGUGGGUCACAGCAUACUGGACAUUUUGGAUUCCCCAUCCUGUGAGGCCAAGCCACUCACUUCUGCACUGUCCAGUCAGAAGGUCACAGAGUUGUUUGCAAUCAUUGAAAAGCUACAGGGUAGCAGAUUGGAUGAACAGCGUUGUGAGUUCCCACCACCGCUGAGGACACAGUUGUUAAAGAUUGGAGAUGGCUUACCUCUCAUCCUGCCCCCUAAAUCUGGAGGUUAUUGGAUUGACCCUCCCCUGGAUAGACAUGUGGAGACCAGCCCUACUCUCUCACAGGGGGGGUUUGGUCUGGAGAGCUACGACAUCAUGGAGAGAGACAGCGAAGCUAAAGUCUAUCAAGAAUUCUUCCGCCACAGAUAUCAUCAUUCGUUCACUGCCUGUGACCCCUCUCUUGGGCCCCUAGUUUUGUCUAUUUGUCUUGAGGAAGAGGAAAAUCGCCUGAGAGUCAUUUUGAGGAUGAAGGAGUGCUCAAUUCAUGGCACAUUCUCUGUUUCUCUCUUUCAACAAUUCCCCACAGCAGUGGAGCUGACAAAGAUGCUGUGCCCAAGUGUCAGCAUCACAUGUUUUGAGGCUGUGAGUUACUUAAAGGCCCCAAAGAUCAUAAUGGUAUUUGAUGAACACAGAGUGUCUCCAAACUUUAAAUUUGGUGUCUUAUACCAGAGAGAAGGACAGUUAACAGAGGAAGAUAUUCUCAGUAACAAUGAAGAAAGUGAGGAGUUUUUGGAGUUUUUAUCAAUACUCGGGCAGACGGUCAAACUGCAAGGAUUUACUGGUUUCAGGGGAGGUCUGGAUGUGUCUCAUGGCCAGACAGGAAAUGAAGCAGUUUUCACCUCCUUCCAUGGACGUGAGAUUAUGUUCCAUGUUGCCACUAAACUACCGUUCACAGAAGGAGAUCCACAACAGUUGCAGAGAAAGAGACACAUUGGGAAUGACAUUGUUGCUCUGGUUUAUCAGGAAGGUAAAACUCCCUUCAUUUCGGAUAUGAUCAGAUCUCACUUCUUGCAUUGUUUCAUUGCAGUGAGAAGGAUAAAGAGAGAGAAUGAGGGUGAGGGAGAUGGAGGAUCAUUUCAGGUAUCUGUCACCGCUAGGGAGGAUGUACCCCCAUUUGGCCCACCCCUUCCUACACCGCCCAUUUUUACAGAGGGCUCAGUUUUAAGAGAGUUCCUCCUGACCAAACUUAUAAAUGCUGAAAUCUCUUGUUACAAGGCUGAGAAAUUCAGUCGACUGGAGUUGCGUACGCGUUCAUCUCUUUUGGAAGCACUGCGAUCUGAACUGUCUUCUCGAUCCCAAUGCAUGUUGGGAGAGCCGUCACAGCCCUGCAUUCCCCUCACUGAAGGGGGGAGGAGUGUUCCAGAGGGUGGUGGAGGAUUCAUUGAGAACUUUAAGAGAGCUAUUAGGGUGCGAAGCCACUCAUUCGAUACCUUGGGAGUACCAAAGAAGAUAGGCGGUGUAGCAGGGCAGCGACCAAAGGAUGGUGAGAGCGAGCAGACAAGCAACGUGGGCUACACUGAGACAAGAGGUCAAACCAGUCCCCAGGACGACUAUUUAUGAGGCCUAAGCACAAAAAAUGCCUUCCACAGACUUCAAGAUCCAUUGAAGAGUGCAAAACACAAUAAAUAGAUAAUUUAACUAAAACUCUGUUUAUUAAGGUAAAUUGUUACUAGCUGCAAGUGCAGUCAGAAAGAUAUGAAUAUAUAAGAUUUCAGAUACUGUAUAUUAUCAUUUGAAUGUCUUUUUUUUGAAGUGGCAUAGUUUAGAUUCAAUGGCUGCUUAUAGCUGAUGUAUCCCUGUAAGGGUGGGUUUCAUUUCUGGAAUUGAAAAAAACUUUUGCAAUUUAUCAAGUAAACUGUAAUUAAAUAUUUUUGUAUAUUUCAAAUAUAUUUCAGUUUGAUUCACAAUGGGAAAAAAUAAAUAAAAAUUUGCUGUAUUUUUUGUAUUAUUCAGUUUAGAAUUCUCUAUCCACCUUUUUUUAAAAUUUUUUUUAAUGCACUAAGCUCCCUGCCUAUUAUGUUUUAAAUUACAAAAUGGUAUUCAAGAUUAAAAUGGAAUCAAACACUGGUUUGCAGCAGGGAACUUUAACAUUUACUUCACUAUUCUUCAAGUGGUUUACCUGUAGUAAAUGAUCAAAAAUCUCAUACAUUCACAGGAAUUAAGUGUUGGAACUUUGUUUACCGUAUCGUACACAGGAAUGCACUUCACACAAUGUAACUCAGUCACAAAGUAACUCUUAUCAAAUGUUUUGCAACAAAACCCUCAGUCUAGUUUGGUCAUGCAGUCAAUUUGCUAAAGUUAUACUUCACUAUAGUCCAUAAAAUGAAGUUAAUGCAACAUGUUGCAUUUAAACAUUUAUGGGUAUUUAAUUUAAAAUACUAAAUGCACCUACUUAUAACGUUUAUAUAAACAUGUAAUAGUUCAACUCAAAUGACAAGAAAAGACAAGAACUUGAAAAACAAUUCUUAUUUAUUGAAAACUUUAGGGAGCAGGGAGUCCCUCCACCCCUCUGAGAGGAAUGAGUUUAAUCCUCCUCUUCAUCAUCACCGCCUCCACCACCACCCUGGGCCUUCUUGGCAUUCUUUCUCUUUACGCGGCCAGGGCGGCCACCACCAUACGGAGAGCGCAGAGAGAAGUCGAUGUG